GCAAUGGACGUGAACUGGUGCCUCACCUGCGACCGACACAUCGACGUGGAGGCCUACGCCCCUUACUGCUCACGGGAGUGCCUCGCCCUCGCAUCUCCUGUCUACAACGCCUUCGACAACGCACCCAUCGCUGAGAGCAUCUCCGAGUUCGACGACUGCGACCUCUGCUCGCGCCUCGAGAGCUCCCUCCCCACGACGGAACGGAGCAGGUGGAUCGGGAAGGGAGACGCGGGGAUCUCUGCAUGGGCGAGGGACGUUCCUCCGGGCCCGCCGAGCGGCCUCGACACCGUCAUCUCCACCGCCGACCUCCGUCCACCAAAGCUCCUGCAGACCACCCGCCGACCAGUCCCGCCCAGCCUUUGCAUGUCCAAAACUAUACCCGCGCCCGCACCCUCAGGCCCCUCACGAUCCGUACUCUCCUCUCUCCCCUCCCUCUCCAGCCAGUGCCCGACCAACACGAGCGUCGCCUCGCUCACUACCCCCUCCUCGUCUCUACCUCCCUCCUCGCCAAUGGAGGCGCCUUCCCCUUGCCCUCCGACCACGACGACCAUCACCGCUAAGGGCGGGUUCAUCAGCGCUCUCACAGCGCAAGUCCGU